UUUUCCUAUGCCAAACACCAUGAAGAUCCAAACAAAACCUUUCUUCUUCUGUUUGUUUGCUUUUUGCAGUUCUAGGGUCUGAACACAGGGCCUUGUACAUACCUAGCAAGCUCUCUACCACUACGCCGUACCCCCUAGCAGAAUAAAACAUUUCAGAGAGGGACUUUGGUCUAUCAGCUGCUCAAUUGCAACUCCCUGAGGGCCCCAUCUCUGAAGUACAACAGUUCAUUGAAUGAAUACAUGCUUAUCAAAUGUCCCAAGUACCAUACUAAAAACCAGGGACCCAAAGAAGGACGCAGCAUAGUCCUUGCCUUGGCUCAUAAGCUACAGCACAUACAGGUGUGCUGUGCAUAUACUAAGUGUGAGUGGAAGCUGUGGGGGCUCAGGUGGCUCCUUAUACAUUGCUCUGCUAGCCUUGUACACAAUCCUGUGCCUGUCUGACCUCAAGACUGAAGUGGUUACCUCAGUUUUACAAAGAACGGAAUCUGAAGGCCAAACAGGUUUAGAGUUUUGCCUAAUUGUUCAGAUCUUUUUCUAUCCCUUGUGCCGUGUGGGUUCAUAGGAAACGAGAAGAUCUUCAGAGUGGCCACUGUGUCCUGUGAUCAUCAAGACUCAUUCCUUUGCACAGACCAUGACCCAUGAUUGCAAGCGGCUUAACCAAAUGUCCGUGUCCAUUUUCUUUUUACAGAGGAGACCCUCUCCCAACCAUGGUGCUAGGGAUCAAACCCAGAACUUCACAAAUGAUGACAGCAUGCUACCAACCGAACUACACACUCAGCCUCUCCCAACGAAAUUCUCCUAACCAGAUGUCAAGGACUAGAAAGAGAUCUUGUGAAAUGUAUUGUAUUCUUUUCUAUGACUUCUCUUAAGUCAAAUGCCACUAGCUACUUUGUUGAUAGAACGUCUGCCAUUGCUGUAUAUAUUUCGGCCUUGUGUUAUGCUGACAAACAGCUCUGUCCCUAAGAAGAGAAUGGAAGCCCAUGCUGGUGAAAUCUUUUUCAAGUGAUGACUACCUUAGGAGUCAGAAUUUUUAUGGCCAUGAAAACCAGCACCUGGGCUCCUCCUGAGGGAUUUUUUUUCCGGUGGGGGUGAUGUAUGUCUGAGAAAGCAGAAAUAGUUUUUAGAAAGGCCUGUCCUAGUACGAAAUGGAAAUAAAACGUAGAAAGGAGGUAUCUCUUCGACUGUACAAGCCAAGAACUCAGUGACACUAAGUCACUUGCCCAAGGUUGCAUAAGGCCGACCGGAUGCUGUUCCAGAGGCUCCAGGUUCUGUGCUCCACCGCAGCAGGUAGGUGGUCGAGGCGGGGAGCUAACUAAUAGUGACGGCGCUAAUGACGGAGCCUCUGACCAGCGAGUGGCCUGGCCGGUGAAAGGUGGCAGAUUCUCGCGUCGGCCCUCACAGAUUGGCUGCGCCGCUCGGCUUUGAGGGAUAGUCUACCGGAUCGGCACCCUGGGGCUCAGGCUCUGUAGUUCUAGGUCCUCGGCCUCCUACAGGUGUGGGCGAAAGCCUACCAACUCGGCCGGGGACCAGCAGGCGGCGGUCUGCUGUAAGGGGGUCUCGGGCGACCAGUCCCAGCUGCCCAACCCGCCCGAGCCCGGGAGGCGACGCUGGGAGGACAGCGGAGAAGGCCGGGGACAGCCGCUUUUGAAGGAUUGCUUGAGCUUCAUCCGCCCUAAAUCGGAAUACCUGCACCAUGAGCGUCUACAUGACGCGGGUGCAUUCGAGACACGCUCCGCCACCGCACCCUGCGUCUCUGCUUCGGACCUUCGGAAUCCGGGACAUCGGCUCAAAACUAGGAACGAAUAUGGGCCGCUGCUUCUAAGCCAAACCCGACAGCGCGAGUGCAUUUCAGUCCAUGUGGGGCAGGCAGGUGUCCAGAUGGGCAAUGCCUGCUGGGAGCUCUACUGUCUGGAACAUGGGAUUCAGCCUGAUGGGCAGAUGCCCAGCGAUAAGACCAUUGGUGGAGGGGACGACUCCUUCACCACCUUCUUCUGUGAAACUGGAGCUGGAAAACAUGUGCCUCGGGCAGUCUUUGUGGACCUGGAGCCUACUGUAAUCGAUGAGAUCCGAAAUGGCCCAUACCGUCAGCUCUUCCACCCAGAGCAGCUUAUCACUGGGAAAGAAGAUGCAGCCAACAACUAUGCCCGUGGUCAUUACACCAUUGGCAAGGAGAUCAUCGACCCAGUGCUGGACCGGAUCCGCAAGCUGUCUGAUCAGUGCACAGGACUUCAGGGCUUCCUAGUAUUCCACAGCUUUGGAGGGGGCACCGGCUCUGGCUUCACCUCUCUGCUGAUGGAGCGGCUUUCUGUUGACUAUGGCAAAAAGUCCAAGCUGGAAUUCUCCAUCUACCCAGCCCCCCAAGUGUCCACGGCUGUAGUGGAGCCCUACAACUCCAUCCUGACCACCCAUACCACCCUGGAACACUCAGACUGUGCCUUCAUGGUGGACAACGAAGCCAUUUAUGAUAUCUGCCGCCGUAACCUAGAUAUUGAGCGUCCAACCUAUACCAACCUCAACCGCCUCAUCAGCCAAAUUGUCUCCUCCAUCACAGCUUCCUUGCGCUUUGAUGGGGCCCUCAAUGUGGACCUGACAGAGUUCCAGACCAACCUGGUGCCCUACCCUCGCAUCCACUUCCCCUUGGCUACCUAUGCACCAGUCAUUUCUGCAGAGAAGGCCUACCAUGAGCAGCUGUCAGUGGCAGAGAUCACCAAUGCCUGUUUUGAGCCUGCCAACCAGAUGGUGAAAUGUGACCCUCGGCACGGCAAGUACAUGGCCUGCUGCCUGCUGUACCGUGGAGAUGUGGUGCCCAAAGAUGUGAAUGCUGCCAUAGCUGCCAUCAAGACGAAGCGCAGCAUCCAGUUUGUGGACUGGUGCCCCACAGGCUUCAAGGUUGGCAUCAACUACCAACCACCCACUGUGGUGCCUGGGGGUGACCUGGCCAAGGUGCAGCGUGCUGUGUGCAUGCUGAGCAACACAACCGCCAUUGCUGAAGCCUGGGCCCGUCUGGACCACAAGUUUGACUUGAUGUAUGCCAAGAGGGCUUUUGUACACUGGUAUGUGGGUGAGGGAAUGGAGGAGGGGGAGUUCUCUGAGGCUCGAGAGGAUAUGGCUGCCCUGGAAAAAGAUUAUGAGGAAGUAGGCAUCGACUCCUAUGAGGACGAGGAUGAGGGAGAAGAGUAGACCGCUACUUGGAGCCUGUUCACUGUGUUUAUUGCAAAAUCCUUUCGAAAUAAACAGUCUCCUUGCAUGGUUUCUUGUCCCCUUUGUAACUGCUUGAGCCUCUGCUUGUCCCCCUUUCUGCUUUGGCUGCUACCUCCCGCUAUUGGCCGCUUGUGACCUUUUAAUUUUACCUUCACAUGGCUGACAGUGAGACUUGCCAAGGGGGCCCCAUAUUGAGCCCCAGAAAGCAGGAACCCAAGGACUUCAAUGUAAGGUCCUAAGGACUCGCAGAAUAGGAAAGAAACAAGGACCAAACCCUGGACCUGUCUGUCUAGCUACAAGCUAUUGCAAGAUACAAGUCUUCACUUUCUGAAAUAUCUGAUAGUCUGUGUUGGAUGAUUGGACUACUUUAUUCUUCUUGCUGCUGCUUCACUCAACAGCUCUAGAAGGCUUGGCCCAGGCGUCAUUGAACACUGAGGAUUUGGGAAUGGGGGCUGGGCGGGCCCAAAGUUCCCGGGCAUACAGCCACCUCACAAACUUGGGGGAUGGGCAGGAACAAGGGCAAUCUAGUUGUUUGUGCCACAGCACCUCUGGCAGCUUUGCAUAGCUUGCUGUCUAUCUUGCUUUCUGGGGCUGGAGCCAUGCUAUUAAAAGUCAGGUCGUCUCCCC